AUGCAUCUUUCAUAUUCUUACCAGCUAUCGCUAGGCAUAGCGUUACUACCAUAUGCUGCAGAGGCAGCACCUACCUCAGCUCGCCUUUCGAAAAGAGCACCGACAUACGAUGUUCUUCGUGGAUCAGACUUUCCAGAUCCGUCGAUCAUAAACGUCGACGGUAUUAGCCGAGCAUUUGGUACUGGCAUCAGAGGGAUCCAGGUCCCGUAUACCAGCAACCCAGACUUCAACAACCCUUCUGGAUGGUCUGCACCCGUGGAGAGCUUUCCAGUUGGUAAUCAGCCUGGAUGGGCAAAGGCGAAUACUGUCUGGGCGCCAGAUGUUGAGCGACUGGCCGAUGGCACAUUCGUGAUGUACUACUCGCCCGAAGUCACAGAAGGAGGUCUGCAUUGUGUUGGCGUGGCCCGCAGCGGAAAUGUCGAAGGACCAUAUACAGAUGGGAGUACCGAGCCAUGGGUCUGCCCUCGAGAGCAAGGUGGCGCGAUUGAUGCCUCAGGCUUCGUGGAUGGAGAUGGGAAGCGAUAUGUGCUAUACAAGAUCGACGGUCCAGCUGUGACUGGUGGAGGAUACUGUGCCAGUCCCAACAACAAGCCUUCGACGCCGAUCCUGUUGCAGGAGGUGCAAGAAGAUGGAUACACCAAGAUUGGCGGCGCCACUGAGAUCUGGAACAACGGCGGAGAGGUAGACCACUACCAGACUGAAGCGCCCAUCAUCGUCAAGGGAGAUGACGGGACGUACUUUCUCUUCUACAGCACCGGUUGCUAUACCGACGCCAGCUACACGACGAGCUAUGUCACGAGCCAGUCCAUCGCGGGGCCAUACGGCAACCCCCAGGUCCUGCUCAAGAAUGGUGACUACGGGUUGUUCGGCCCUGGCGGUGCAGACAUUACGCUGUCGGGUGGUCAGAUGGUGUUCCACUCGCUGAUCAACAACGAUAUCAACCAAGGACGAGCAAUGAGCACAGCCACGCUGACGCUGUCCGGAAAUUCAGCGUCGAUAAAUUGA